UCCAGCUGAGAGAUUUUCGCGCUUGAAGUGGCACUGCGUCGCGGCGUACAGUGGAACUAUCGAGCAGUUUUCUGUUAUGUGUCAUAACUUAUGUUUCGGUAAUCUAUGGUGCGAUAAAGGUUGAUUAGCGAGAUCCGUGAUACUACGAACUACGAAUCGCGCAAAACUGCGCGAGAGAGAAGUGAUGCGCAAAAAGUGUAAUCGAUGUGAUGUUUCGCUGUAACGAGAAUGCCGAUACAGGCACCACAGUGGACUGAAUUUCUGUCAUGUCCAAUCUGCUGUCAUGACUUUGACGCGGCCAUACGGGGUCCUAUAUCGCUCGGUUGCGGCCACACAAUAUGUCGUGCAUGUCUCGCCAAUCUGCAUCGCAAGCAAUGCCCUUUCGAUCAGAGCGUUAUCAACACCGAUGUCGAAAGACUACCGGUAAACGAAGCGCUAUUGCAAUUGCUAGGAAAUCCGGUUUCAACUGUUGUCUCAUCAGUAUCCAUAUCAAAUCAGCAGCAAAAUUACCAGAAGUUGUUACCAGUCGAUCAACAUGCCAACUAUCUGCGAGCCAAGAGUUGCAUCGAGGAACUUGCACUUUAUCUCAAGCCAUGCCAGACUACCAACACUGCAGGUAUUGGAGGUGGAGGUGGAGGGCUCGUGUCCCGACCUAUGCAACGUAAAUUGGUGACGCUAUUAGGUUGCCAAUUAGUGGAACCAGAGGGUAGAGCGCGCGCGCUGCGUGCCGCCCGCAGCCUUGGCGAACGCACUGUUACUGAACUUAUAUUACAGCAUCAAAAUCCACAACAACUCAGUGCCAAUCUCUGGGCGGCCGUACGGGCUCGUGGUUGUCAGUUUCUCGGACCAGCGAUGCAAGAAGAAGUAUUGAAGCUUGUGUUGUUGGCAUUAGAAGAUGGUUCGGCACUAUCGCGCAAAGUGCUGGUGAUGUUUGUGGUACAGCGUUUGGAGCCACAUUUUCCACAAGCUAGCAAAACUAGCAUCGGCCAUGUGGUCCAGCUUUUGUAUCGGGCGAGUUGUUUCAAGGUGUCAAAGCGCGAGGGCGAUUCAUCGCUGAUGCAGUUAAAGGAAGAGUUUCGCACUUACGAGGCUUUGAGACGCGAGCAUGAUGCGCAAAUUGUACAGAUUGCUACGGAAGCAGGACUGCGUAUUGCGCCUGACCAAUGGUCGGCUCUGCUCUAUGGCGAUACUGCACACAAGUCUCAUAUGCAGAGUAUCAUUGACAAGCUGCAAACACCACAAUCGUUUGCCCAGAGCGUCCAGGAACUUGUGAUAGCGUUGCAACGUACUCCAGAUCCUGGACAAUUAAGUGGUCUCAGGCCACAGUUGGAAUUGUUAGCCGCUAUUGAUCCUAGUCCAGAGACGGAACCACCAAGUUUAGCAGAGUGUCGGGCGGCUCUAGAAGCCGUAAGAAUAGUAGUGGCUGCAUUAGUGGACUUUGUUCGACAGCAUGGAGGUGGUGGUGCCAACGGCGGAAAUCGAAAGUCAACGACAGCGCAGGACAGCGGAGGCAGCGGACCUGGUGGAGGUUCGUGUCCGGGUCCAGCAACUGGCAAGUACAAAGUCAGCAUGUGCAGGGAUCUGGCUCUUCGUGGCACUUGUCCGCGAUCUAACAAUUGUACCUUCGCCCACAGCGACACUGAGCUUGAUAAAUAUAGAUCGAAGAAUCGCAAAUUGAAUGUCAGGACGAAUUCAAACCAAGUAGAAUCAAAAGGCGAGAAAAAUAACAAGGCCUUUAAUAAACAGAAUGGCGAUUUAACGGCUUAUCAUUCUACCAAAGCACAUGAGAGAGAAACAGCCGUGCAGCAUUCAACGCCCAUUCCGACUAACUUAGAAAAUAACUUGAUCGAUUCAUUGACGUCGACCUAUAUGCUGCCUUCUGCAUCCCCGCAAAACUUAUCGCAUCUCGGUCUAUGCUCUGUAAAGGGAGGAGCAAUGGUAGACAGCGGAGGAUCUCCUGCCGUUCAUUGCUCAGGACAUUACAUAAUGGCGCCAGGAUCCGUCGCAGCUGUUGAUUAUGGACCUUCCCCGACGACCACGACCAAUCUCGGGAUGUGGGAUAGUCCGCAAAUUGUAUCAGCAAAUCAUGUAACAAACGAUAAAAAGCAACGAACGGCAAAGAAUAUGUUAGCAAUGCUACUGCAACGUAGGAUGGAGAUUCUAAAUCAACUGGAAACAAUUAUUGGCAAGCAGCAGCAACAGCAGCAACUAAUCUCGCCACAAAUGAAAACGAAUUACGAUCUUCGGCAGGAGGGUGACUCGUUGACUACGUCUAAUAAUUUCUCGAUAUGGACCGCCGCGAACAGCUUCCGCUGUCCUUCUGGAACGGAUUCGCCACCGUCAGCUUCGCACCUCCUCGACGAUGAUGCGCCUUUUGUGCCUCUGUUAGACGUGCCUCCUACCACCUCUUUGCCACCAGCCAGCAAACAGGGAUCUAUCUCAAGACUGUCCAAAACUUUAAUAAGGUCUCCCUGCAAUGGGCCUCUGCAGCAUUUUGCAAAUUUCUACAAUGAGGGAGUUGGACCCACCUCUGCGCUGUCUACUGCAUUUAGGACUCCAAAUUCUGUAACUUCCUUGUAUUAUGGCAAUCAACCAUAUUUGGCAAUUGGUACGAAUGGUGGUAUACAAUCAAUGACACCGACGAGUUCCGGCGAUGGCGGUGGUGGUAGCGGUUUCGUGGGCGAGAAUUACAUUACUCUCGGCCGCAAUAUCGUCACGCCGGAAUCACUACCGCAAUUUUCGAGAUCGGAAUACAUGUCGAAAGAUUUGAUCCUCGAGUCGCAAAAAGUAAAACAGCAACUCAGACAUCUCGAGAAGAAACUCAAUGAUUUAAAGUUAGCAACGCAAGGAGCCACCACUUUCUUCACGACGGGUGAACGAUUAGCACAAGAAUUGCGGAUGAUUGAAGCAGGUAUCAGGGAAAGAGAAAGAGAUAUGCGAAAUUGGAGCUGCAAUCCAUAUAGUACUGGUACCACUACUUUUCCAUGGAUCCAGCAAUCCUCCAAUGAUUGGCUGUCAAAUCAGGAAUACAAUCAAGAUUAUAAAAUUGAAGAGGAGGAUACGUAUGAAGCGGGAAUUGCGAAUGACAUGCGAGAGCUGGAAUUGCGAUGGGAAUUCGAAUUGCGCGAGCAGGAGAAGCAUUGGUCUAGUGGAGGUGAGGAAGAUAUUAUUACCACCACUACAACUACUACCACCACUUCCAAGAAUAAAUAAUAUUUAUUUAUUCUGCCCUAUAACAUAUAAUCUCUUUUCUCUUUUCUAUCAAUAUUUUUUUCUCUUACAUCCAUUUUUGUGGAAACAUGUAUUUUUGCAUGUCUAAUUCGAUUUCCGUUUAUAUCUCCGUAAACUAAUAUUGAUAGAAAGUAAAAGUAGAAUUUCUUCAAUUCGUGAAGGGAUAUAUAAAGUAUACGCAGACCUGCGAAUCUAAACCUCUUCAAACAUUUUAAUUAAUUAAAUACAGUAUUGCAUAUGAUAAAAAUAUGGAA